AUGCUACCAUAUCCUACAUCAACUUUACAUUCAUCAACAAGUAAUUUAGUAACGACAACAACUUCAUCUGCUCCUCCAUCUUCAACAUCCAAUAAUAUGAAACAAAAUAACCGAAAGAAGGAUUUAAUUAAACAAGAGUUGGAUGUUGAUCAACUCUUGCAACCAUCACCUUCUAAAUCAUUUGCAAUUUUUGAUUUGAAUUCUCCAAUCACUUCAUUAUCUAGAUCGAUUACAUUGGAAACUUCUCCAAGUGCUGCUGGUACACCCAUGAAUAUGGAUCCACAUAGAUUUCAUGAAAGUUCUCCUCUGCAACAUUCCCCAUCAACAACUUUGGCUCCAUAUAUCUCGGAUUUCUCUCAUCACCAAUCUCACCACAAUACUAGUAGUAGUGGAGGUCUUGCUUUCCAUUCUUCGACACCUCUAAGUUCUCCUUCCACAGCUCCACCAAUUAGAUAUGUUUCUGCAACUACAGGUGGUUCCCUUUCUACACCAAAUAAUAAUCAUACUCCAACUAUGAAUGGUAACACUGGUAAUAUUACAAAGAAUUCUUUGCAAUUUCCUCUCACUUCGAGUAGCGAACUACCAAUGCCUUUCGGUUUAUCAACUCCAACAUCUUUUAACAACCUUACAACACCAACUUUAGGAUCUGGAUUAUUCUCCUCUUCUUCACCAUCAGGUGCUCCGCCUUUUUCCUCCAGUACUCCACAAAGCAGUAAUAACAAUACUGGAAUACUCAGUACUCUUAAUUCAUCAAUUCCGAAUCACCAACCAAUUAAUCCAAUUCUUCCAAAUCAUCAUGAGAAUAUUACUCAACUUCCUCCAAUUCAACCACCAUCAGAAUCAAGUGUUCCACAACAACAUCACCAACCACACAACUUGCAUGUUCAACAAGCCCAUCAUCAACAGCAACAUCAGCCACAAAUUGUACAACAGCAGCAACACCAAUCACACAUUGUUCAUCAACAAUCAAAUAAUCUAACUCAGCCAACUCAACAAGGAGGAAGUGUUUAUAAAUCUCCACAACCAUCAUCUAGUCAAAACAAUCAAUUCAAACCUCUUAAUUCUCCAACAUCUUCAUAUCAUAGUGAUGAGGAUGCCAAACCAAAGGAUAGAAUAGUAGUAAUUCCUGAUACCGGAUCAGCAACAGGAACAAUUAGUAUUGAUACAGAGGGUUUAAUGAUGAUUGAGGAAGGAUUUGAUUUACCACCACCAAAUCCACAACCAGGUGGUAAACAAAACAAAAAACCUCUUCCUAGACAUAUUAUUAGUGUAAACGUUUCUGGAAUUCCAAGAUAUCAAUUGUAUUCCAUCAAGGUUUCAUUAUUAGGUUACAAGACAAAACAGAAGGAAGUUUUAAAAGAUAUUCUUGAUCCAGUCGUAUUAUCAAAAUCUAAACCAAAUAUGAGAGGUGAUGCACAAAGAGUUGAUAUGCAUUUUGAUACAAUUACAAUUGAUGAAGCAUCUCAUAUGAAUGGAAGAAAAUUCUUUUUGAGAUUUUCUCUUUUAUCACCAGACAAAAUACCAGUACAUCAUGUAGAUAGCUCCUAUUUUGAAACAAUUACUGAUAGAGGUAAUCAAAAGAGACAACAAAAAAUUGACCACAGUAGAAGUAAGAUUUCUAAAGUGCUUAGAGUUAGUCCUAGAUAUAGUAUUGUACAAGGAGGGCAACUUGUUAAGGUUCUCUUGAAUCAACAAAUUGUUGCACCAAGUAAUGUUUACGUUUAUUUUGGUGAUAAAAGAGCGAGAUGUAUCUAUGUUUCUCCUCAUAAGGAUAAUACAAUUGUUUGUGAAACACCUGAUGGAAAUGCGGAUGAGGAAGUUGAAGUGAAAGUUUCUCUGGAUAAAGGAAAAACCUUUAUGGCAACAGAUGCUUCUCUAAGAUACAUUCCAAUGGGUAAUUUAACUGUUCCAAAUGAUCACCAAGGUAGAAUGUCACCCUUGAGUAUGCCUUUCAUGGUUAAUCAAAAUGAAAUGAGAUUGAAGAAGAAUUAUCCAGCUCCUCCAAUUAGUAAUGAUGACGAGUAUUAUGAUGAUAGUCCAGAACAGGAGCAUUAUGAUGAAUAUGAAAGUGUACAACCUCAAACCGUACAGUCAAAUAAUCCUCUAAAUUUUGUUAACAACUCGAACAUGUCUAAUUCACAACAACAGCAACAGCCAAUAGUCAUUAACACUCAAAUGAAUAAUCAACAGAUGGGUUCAAGGCAAUUUGGACUGGCCAAUAAUGCUCUGGUUAAUAGUAUUAACAGUAUGAAUAAUUUAGGCAUGAACAACGCUGUAAAUCUCAGCAAUUUGAAUAAUAACCUUAAUAUGAACAUGAACAUGAAUGGAAAUAAUGGCAUGAGCAAUAUGAAUAAUAAUAUGAACAACAAUAUGAACAAUAUGAAUUCCAUGAACGUUAAUAUGAAUAUGAAUGGAAAUAAUGUCAUGAGCAAUAUGAAUAAUAAUAUGAAUAACAAUAUGAAUAACAACAUGAAUAAUAUGAAUAACAAUAUGAAUAAUAACAUGAAUAAUAUGAACAGUAUGAGCAAUAUGAAUGGAAAUGGCAACAUGCCACUUAACAUUGCAAAUAUGGGAAUUAAUCCAAAUACCAUGAAUAACUUGAACAAUAACAAUAAUGGAUUCAAUCAGCAAAUGUUCAACCAAUCACAUCUUCAAAAUCAAUUCCACAAUUAUCAUAAUAAAUAAGAUGUAAAUAUCA